AUGAUGCCAGCGUCGCCGAAACCAUCUGAACAAUCCGUUUCCUCCGGACAAACAUCCUAUGCACUCCCUACUGACUCUGCCCAAGGGCCGAGCCACACCACCAACGCGAAUCCACCGCCGAAUCUCACGCGCCGUGCUUCUGUUUCAGCCAGCUAUCCUCAAUUCUUCAGUCGUCAGUUCCGUAGGUUUACACGGCGCUCUCCUAUAGAUCCAAGCGUACCUGUCGUCCAUGAAGACGAGGGUGCACCAGCUCCCCGCGGCGCCCGGGUGGAGGCUAACGCUCAAGAUAUCCGUCGCACCAUCUUGCCGCGGAAGCCAUCUGGUCAGAUAAAGUUUCCAGAAUUCGACAGCCUGGAGGCAUACUUAGUUACUGGCAUCGAUGAAACUACAGCGAAGCAUUGGGACGACGAAAUCAACAGGCUUUUGGAUGUCGUCCAGCACCCAGAGAGGCCGUUGAAGUUCAACAACGCAACGUUCGUGGGAAAAGAAGGGGAGCAGGGGUACCGCGACUUGUCCACUCUUGCCCAGAAGAUUUUGACAGCCAUGUCCAUCUGCAUGCUCGACAACGAGAGCAUCAUCGCUAAGCACUGCAGCCUUCUUUCCAGCCGGGAGCGUCUCCAAAAGCUGAUCCCUCAGAUCAGGAUGAGCCUCAACGCUGGCGAGAGCGGUGGUGAUGGCAGUGCGGAUGGGACCCUCCAAGCUACCAAUGACUUGAUUGAUUACAUAUCCGCCGUGUUCGCAAGGCUGAUCACUCAAACAGCAAUAGGCGGCUACUGGCAAAACAAUAUCCUGGGUGUGUUGGUAAAGCGGGUGGCCAAGAUGAAGGAAUUGGUAAAAGAUAUGGAGGCGAAUGCAUACACUGCAAUCAGCAACGGAGAGGCUGCUUAUGACAGCAUUCGCAACACUGAGCAACUGGACACGAGCAAGAUGGACGAGGAGGAAGAAUGCGAGGAGCUCCUACGCAUGCUUCAUGCGAACACAAAAGAAGGAAUUGCGUCACCAGAACAAGUCGAGCUGGUGCAGUACUGCUCCGAUCAGGCCAAGUUCCGCUCUGGGAUAAACACAACGUUACGAUACAUCUUCCUCUCACUACGCUUUCUCGAUCGUUCUGGGCUCCCAGCGACGGCAUACGAGAUAUGCGCUGUGGUCUAUGAGACGGGCUUCGAGGGGUUCAAGGCUCUUCUGUUCCAAGACAGAGAUCUCGAAUACUCCGCCACAUCGGACCUUGACAUGCUCAACACGGCGCAUUCGGCGUUCAGCAUCUUGAACCACACUGUCGUGAGCCUCGGUCAUGAAAAAGGCAACGGCGGCGAGCACAAAACGAACAUUGAGUGGUGCUACAAAGAAUCCGCGAAGAGAAGCCGCCUCUUAUCGGAAACCGGCGACCAAUUGGAACUCAUGGACCUCUCUGGUCAUGAUAGACAGAUUUUGUCUCUCGGCUCAAUGGAAGAGGUCAUUACCGUCAUGGUGCCCUUGGUGAUGACCAGCCCGAUCUUUGUCAGCAACUUCACCUCGUUCAAAACCAUGAUGGCGCUUACCGGCGACGUCAAAGACAUCGUCCGCCCCUACGCCGAAGGCCAGUUCAGUGCAUUCUUCCGCAUGCACACAAGCGAUUUCGGCAUCAACGCCGCUCGACGAAAGGACGUACUCGGGCUGUCUCAGGCUGUAAACCGUGGCCUCUUCUCGCGGUGCAACCUUCUGUCCAUGCCCAGACCAAACGCUCAGCAAAACAACGCCAAGCAGCUCAUGAAGCUCGCGGAACUGACAUGGGAGAUGGAUUCCUGGGUGAUGGACGAGAACUCGGUGACCGUAAACUGUGAUCUAUAUGUCUGGGCUGUCAUUGCCGGGGCCGUCAUCCUCGCGGGCGGCGGCAUGGCCGUGGCCUUCAGCGUCGGCAACCGCAUCCAGGGCGUCGACCCCUCCAACAUGGCCACGUACACUUGGGUGCUGGCGACGUUCCUUAUCCUGGUGUGCAAGAGCCUGCUCGUGAGCGACUGGGCGUGGAACGAUUUCCUUCACCGGCGCGUCCGCUGCCGUUCGGUGUCAGAGCUGCACGCCGUCACUGGUAUCAACGAACAGCUGAUCGUGGCCAAGCUGCUCCAUGACGAAGGUGGCCACUCAAUCCUCAAGGUGCGCGGCCCGUACAACUCCGUCUUCUUGAACAAAUCCGACGACGGCUUCUCCAUCGACUGUCCUCCCGAUCUUCGAACGCUGCUGCUUAGCGGCCUGACGCCGCUCAAAGUCAUCACGCCACGGGGCUAUGCCCUGGUCUGUCUGGAUGGUCGCCGCGGUACCGAAUUGGCCGUUGUUGAGCACCAGGGCACAGAGUCCAAGGCGCAUCUCGUAUGUGAGGACUUCAGUCGCAUGGCGCAACGAACGGACAGGCGUCGCCCCCAUCAUGCGAUCAGGCUGCCGCUGACCCGUUCGAAGAGUUUGAAGUGGAAGAUGGUUCAGGGCAUUUACAAUGUCAUGGAUGCCGUAUUACUUUAG